AAUGCUUCUCAAUAGAAUUUUCCAAGCCACGUGAGAAUGUCACGAAAAUAAUCAAUACAACGUGAAAAACAUUAAUUACUUAUACAGAAAUGAGUUAAACGCAAAGAACUCGGCUUCAAUAAUGCCGAAGAAAAUCGACUUCACUGUAAUCGACGUCACUAGUGAAGACCCCAAAUAUCGGGCUACUGAAUUAAAUACUCACGGACCCACGGUUAAGGGAUGGCAGUCGGCGAAAAACUGCGAAUAUCCUCAGGAAGUUGUUAUACAGUUAACUAAGAGGUGUUGUUUGAACAAGAUACAAAUAUUAGCUCAUCAAUAUCUCAUUCCUUCUAAAAUUGAGUUAUUUUCGAGUAAUGAAGACACCAAUACGAUCGAUGAUGUCGCAUCAAUUACCUGGAAUUACUUAGGGUACAUUACCUUAUCUGAUAACCAGAGUACAGGGUUUAAAAGUAGAGAAUUGAAGUCUGCGAACGUCCCUACCACCACUGCGUCUUUCGUUAAACUAAAAUUAGGAAAAAACCAUUCGAAUUCUCACAAUAAUAACAAUCAGGUGAGUCUGAUUGCAGUGAACGUACUCGGCACUGAAAUUAUCGUGAGGAGACACUCGAGUCCUGAAAACGAUGAAAAAAUUAACGAUGUGGGGAAUGACCCGGAGUAUUGGUCGCCUUAUGAAGAUUUGGCCUUUGAAAUGUAUGUCGAUAUAGAUGUCGCGAAAAUUAUAAGAGAAAUGGAAACAAAGAAACGUCUGGCUGUGAUAAGUGAAAGAUUUGAAUAUGCUCGUAAAUUGAAACUCGCAAUGGAGAGCCUCCGAUCAGCGGGAGAAAAACUAGGAAAAUAUGAAUUAGAAAAACGGCACGCCAUCGAAUUGGAAGAUUACGAAAGAGCGCGUCAUAAGAAGAAUCAAAUGGACGAGUUCAGGACGUCCAUUUAUCAAGAACUUUGCGUUGAGCAACUUCUGGAGACAGAUGGGUAUUGUCCAAAAAACGACGAAUGUCUUGACGAAACCGAGGCCCCUUCUGGCAAAAACCCUUUAUCUCCGACUCUUCUCCGUGUGGCCAAUGACAAGAGAUCCAACUCACCCCAAAUAAACCAAACACAAGUUUCACCCUUGCACGUGCCAAGACACCAAAGUCCCAAAAAAGGAUCGCCAAGUACCGGAAGCCCCACUAACAUCCAAACACGUGGUUCAUUUCGUCGAAGGAAUAAAUCUGCAGGUGCUAUAGUUAAAUCGACUUACGAAAUGUACGAAGAAAAGCCACUUCCAGCACUGAGACAUUCGCAAACGAAUGAGUUUUUACGAGAGUGUCAAAUGGAUAAUGAUUUUAAGACAACUUCAAAAUUGACCGAAAGAGAGAAAAAGCAAGCGGCACUCCCUAUAGUAGUUUUUGGCAACGAAUUGGUAGAAAAAUUCUAUUCAAAACACUACUGUGACAAGGAGGACGGCCUCAACCGAUUAAAAGAAGAGCUUUUGAGCUAUGAUAACACUAAAAUGCAUACUGCGAAUAAAACUGCCAGAGCGGCAGUUUUCCUCCUACAUCGCACUCUUCGAGAUAAAGUUUUUUCAGUAUAUAAUUUAGCAAACGAGGUUAUUCGACUUUUUUUCGUUCAGUUUGUACCCGGGAGAGUUUCUCCGCCCGAAGUUGCCAGAAGUGUCGACAAACUCCUUCCUGAACUUCUCACUAAAUCAGGUGAUACUAGUGCUAGAAUACACCACAUGGCUGUACACACUAUUCUCACAAUGGCCGACUGUAAAAACGUCAGAGAUCUACACAUAAUCCCUGUUCAUUUGAGUAGACCUGUUAGCAGCAGUACUCAUCCUAGACUAGCCUUAAGUAGAGCUGAGAUGGUUGAGCAACUCAUUAUCAAUCAUGGAAUUUCCACUGAUAAGCAGAGUGGUUUAACGUGUAGAACUUUGUCUGAAUUUGGCUCGAGUGGUUUACACCAUCCUGCAGAAGCUGUAAGAAAAGUUUCAGAGCGCAUCCUCGUCCUGGUUUACAAAGUCAAUCCCAGACUUGUUCGCAAACAAUUACCACCAGACGAUGAUAUCACUAGAAGGAAUCUACUUUACCGGCAACUGUUUCACGAGUUUGAUAAAAUCGACUUACAAAGAAAGAAGGAAAUGUUGGAAAAGACUAGAGUCAUUCAACAGUGUUCUUUGCCUCCAAAUUCCGAUUAUCUCAGUCCAGAACCAACUCCCACCGAGCUAAAUAAAUGUCCAAGCACUUCUAACAUCCAAAAUAUUUUCAACUACGAUCAAGUCAAUAACCAAACGAAGAAUUACGCCAUUUCGAAGAGUCUGAGUGGCAGUAACAUCCAAAAUAAUGGUAAUGCCAAGAACGAAAGCUCAAGUUCUGCCAGCAUUUCUUCACCGAGUAACAACUCCCAAAAGGACGAUGAGGAAAAGCAAUGCAUAUUCUGCAACCAGCCUGAGAGUAGCAUCCUGGCCGUGAGCAACUCCAUGAACUCCCACUACUGGCGCUCGUGUCCCAUGUUGGUCCGUUGCAAGGAAUGCAGCCAAGUGGUGGAAGUGUCGAUGUUGAUGGAACACCUCCUAAUGGAAUGCGAACGUCGCGAGAACUACACCCAAUGCUCUCAUUGUUCCGAGGCUGUAAAAAUAUCAGAAAUCAAACAUCACGCGAGCACCUGUCGCGGCUUGGUCGAAGGCUACAACCGCUGCCCCCUAUGCCACGAAAACUUCGAAGACGAGGAACUUUGCUGGAAGAAACACCUAAUGGGCGAGAAACCUUGUCCGAAAAACACUAGAAUUAAAAUGCAAGCCCAGAAGCAAGUCACCAUUCAAAUUUAAAUCUUAUUUAACGCACAGUGUUUUUCGAUAGUAGACACAAGAAAACACGAAUUCUUUUACCGUCCUCGACUCUUUUUCGUACUGUUCUAAUUUAGAUUUAGUCAAUUAAGUGUCAUUCGUCCAGUUGUUAGCAAUGUUAUUUGCACUCGUUCGCUACAAAGUGACAAAAGUUUUAUUGUCUUUUAUUGUUUGUUGGUAGGAUUUAUGAAGGGUUGGAGGGUAAUUCUUCUAAAAAUUAAAUACCAAUCAAAUUAUUUGUGAUAUUGUUUAAGAUAACUGUCAAGUGAGACACUAAUGUGCAAUUUUGUGACCUUUGCGAAGGAUUUUAUGCUUUUUUCUGUACAUAAUAAUUCGUAUUUAUUCCAAAUAUAUUAAAAAG